AUGAUGUCAUUAAUUAAUUAAAAGUUUCGGCAAGUGAUUUUUGAAGUGCCGUUAUUGAAAAGUGAACUGUAUUUUGAAAAACGUUAAAAAAUAUAAUUCUUGAUGAAAUUUUUGUUUGUCUGUCGUUUGAAUAUGUGUAUUUGAAUUAAUAGAUAUAUCUAUUGCGUAUGUCGUCUUAAAAAACAAUGGGAGAUUCCCUGGAAGCAAGUGAAUCUACUCCAGAGGCUCAAAAUGUAGCACUGGUAGAUUUCACUACAUUCAAAAAUUAUAUCAUAAAAGCGGCUACUGUUUUACUACCAGAAGAUGAUGGACAAGCUCAACCCAUUAAUUUAUUGGCAGCUCUUGAUGAUAAGAUCAACCAGGAAUGUAUCAGGAAGUUUAUAGGGGAUCCUUCUGUUUCAACAUUAUAUGUUCAAAGGAAUUCAUCAAAAGAUGAUGAUAAUGAUCAACCACCUGAAGGAGAGGAAGAGAAGGAGCCUGUUACUUAUUUCAUUAAUAAUGAGGUUCAUUAUACUAGCUCUAAGAUGUCCAGCCUAGUAAUCAUAAAACGAGGCAGUGUAAUAGAAGCGGACAAGAGCAUUAAAUCCCAACUCCGGAUAAUUAAUUUCAGUGAUGGAUCUCCAUAUGAAAUCUUACAUUCUUAUAUAAGUAAAACAGUUGCUCCUUUUUUUAAGUCCUAUGUUAAAGAGUCUGGUAGAGCUGAUAGGGAUGGGGACAAAAUGGCACCAUCCGUAGAAAAAACAAUAGCUGAAUUAGAAAUGGGUCUUUUGCACUUGCAACAGAAUAUUGAUAUACCAGAAAUAUCUCUACAGGUACAUCCAUAUGUUGCUCAAGUUAUCAAACAAUGUGCAGAUGAAGGAAGGAAGCCCAAAGUGGCUGAUUUUGGAGAAUUAUUUGAGGAUUCCAACUUUUUGAAUCAGUUGCAGAAUGGAGUUAAUAGAUGGAUUAAGGAAAUCCAAAAGGUUACAAAAUUAGAGAGGGAUCCAUCAUCUGGAACUGCUCUCCAAGAAAUCAGUUUCUGGUUGAAUUUGGAGAGAGCUCUUCACAGAAUUCAAGAAAAAAGGGAAAGCAUGGAAGUUAUUCUCACUCUUGAUAUUUUAAAACACGGAAAACGUUUCCAUGCCACUGUUUCAUUUGAUACAGACACUGGCCUCAAACAGGCCAUUGCUACUGUUAAUGAUUACAAUCCUUUGAUGAAAGAUUUUCCAAUUAAUGAUUUGCUAUCAGCAACAGAAUUGGAGCGGAUAAGAUCAGCAGUUCAACUGAUUUUUUCCCAUUUGAAAAAAAUACGUUCAACCAAGUACCCUAUAUUCAGAUGCCUGCGUUUGGUGGAAGCCAUUUCUAGAGAUUUAGGACAGCAGCUUUUGAAGGUUUUAGGUACUAGAAGACUUAUGCACAUUACUUUCGAAGAUUUCGAAAAGGUUAUGACGCAAUGCUUCGAAGUCUUUUCCAUCUGGGAGGAUGAGUAUGAGAAGUUGCAGGCUCUUCUAAGGGAUAUCGUAAAAAAGAAACGUGACGAGCAGUUGAAGAUGGUGUGGCGCAUCUCUGCACAGCACAAAAAGUUACAAACACGAAUGGAGCAUAUGAGAAAAUUCAGGAGACAGCACGAACAACUGAGAACUGUUAUUGUCAGGGUCCUUAGACCAAACAUUCACAAAAUGUCAGGUGAAACUGAAGAUGUUGAUAGUAACAAGGCAGCAUUUUCUCUUGAUGCAGCUGAUGCUAAUGCAAUUGAAGAAGUCAAUUUGGCUUAUGAAAAUGUGAAAGAAGUUGAUUGCCUAGAUAUAUCUAAAGAGGGUCAAGAUGCCUGGGAUGCUGCUGUUCAGAGAUACGAAGAGAGGAUAGAUAGGGUGGAAACUCGCAUAACAGCUCACCUGCGUGAUCAACUAGGGACAGCUAAGAAUGCCAAUGAAAUGUUCCGUAUUUUUUCAAGAUUCAAUGCUCUUUUUGUGAGACCCCAUAUCAGGGGAGCCAUUCGAGAAUAUCAAACUCAUCUCAUCCAGAGAGUAAAAGACGAUAUAGAAGCUUUACAUGAGAAAUUCAAGGUGCAAUAUCCUCAAAGCAAUAGUGCCAAAAUCAGUAAAGUUCGAGAUCUACCCCCUGUAGCAGGAUCUAUUAUAUGGGCGAAGCAGAUAGAUCAUCAGCUGACCACUUACCUCAGAAGAGUAGAAGAUGUGUUAGGAAAAGGCUGGGAAAAUCACAUUGAAGGUCAAAAACUGAAGGCUGACGGCGAUAGUUUUCGUUUAAAGCUAAAUACACAAGAGAUAUUCGAUGAUUGGGCAAGAAAUGUGCAACACAGAAAUUUGGGAGUGUCCGGUAGGAUUUUCACCACCGAAGCUGUGAGAUCGAGAAGUGGGAGGGGUAACGUUCUCAAGUUGAAAGUAAACUUCUUACCUGAAAUUAUAACACUGGCUAAGGAAGUGAGAAAUUUGAAGUGUCUUGGUUUCCGGGUCCCUCUGGCAAUUGUGAACAAGGCGCAUCAAGCGAAUCAGCUCUAUCCAUUUGCUAUAUCACUAAUCGAGAGUGUGCGCACUUAUGAGAUGACUCUGGAGAAGAUUGAAGAUAAGGCGAGUAUCAUUCCUCUAGUGGCCGGUAUGCGGAAAGAUGUACAAAACGUAAUAUCUGAAGGAAUCCAAUUGGUAUGGGAAAGUUAUAAGCUCGAUUCUUAUGUACAAAGGCUGUCAGAUCUUGUCGUCAGUUUCCAAGAAAGAGUAGAAGAACUCGUCAUUGUUGGAGAACAGUUAGAAGUCGACGUGCGAUCUCUUGAGACGUGUCCCUAUUCUGCUGCCACGUUUUCAGACAUUCUCGCGAAAAUUCAACACGCCGUCGAUGAUCUAUCGCUGAAGCAGUAUUCGAAUUUGCAUAUUUGGGUUAACAAACUAGAUGAGGAAGUUGAAAAAAAUUUAGCAAGACGCUUACAGGCUGGUAUUGAAGCUUGGACCGAGGCUCUUAGUGGCAAAAAGAAAGAAAUUGAUCUCAGCAUGGAUACUGAUGCCCCAGACAAACCGACUCAUAAGCCAGGUGGUGAUCCUCAGAUUCAAGUGGUUGUGCACGAAGUCAGAAUCACGAAUCAGACAAUGUACUUAUAUCCUAGCAUUGAAGAAGCAAGAUUCCAGAUAAUGCAGCAGCUUUUUGCGUGGCAAGCUAUUGUCACAUCCCAACAAAGAUUACAAAGCAGUCGAUAUCAAGUUGGUGUUGAUAAGCCAAGUACUCAAACAUACAGAAACAUUUUAACGAAGUUGCCACUUCUCUCAGCUCCGUUGGAAAAUGCUUAUACAGCUAUCGAAGCUAAAAUAUCGGAAAUAAGGAAUUACGUUAAUGAGUGGUUGACCUACCAAACUUUGUGGGAUCUGCAGGCAGAAAAAUUAUAUGGAAGCCUUGGUGAAGAUAUAAGCUUAUGGAUGGAAUGCUUGAAUGAUAUUAAGAAAACAAGAACAACCUUCGAUACAUCAGAUACCAGAAGAGAGUUUGGUCCUGUGGUAAUUGAUUUUGCCAAAGUUCAGAGCAAGGUUUCCCUCAAAUACGACUCUUGGCACAAAGAUACCCUUGGAAAAUUCGGAACUCUUCUAGGAAAUGCUAUGGCAUCAUUCCACACCAAUAUUUCUAAAUCUAGAAACGAUUUGGAACUCCAGAGUAUAGAAGCAGCAAGUACUUCAGAUGCAGUAACAUUCAUUACUUAUGUGCAGCAGCUGAAGAGGAAUAUGAAGGCAUGGGAAAAAGAAGUGGAAACAUACAGAGAAGGUCAAAGAAUCUUAGAGCGUCAAAGAUUCCAAUUCCCCACAAGCUGGUUGCAUGUAGAGAAUCUAGAAGGAGAAUGGGGAGCUUUCAACGAAAUCAUCAAGAGAAAAGAUUCUUCCAUACAAACACAAGUUGCUAGUUUACAACAAAAAAUAGUGGCUGAAGACAAAGCUGUUGAGACUCGUACUAAUGAUUUCCUAACCGACUGGGAGAAGAGCAAACCUGUAGAAGGUCAUCUGAAACCUGAUGAAGCAUUGACACAAUUGCAAUUGUUUGAGAGUAAAUAUGCUAGAUUGAAGGAAGAAAGGGACAAUGUUGCUAAAGCUAAAGAAGCACUUGAACUUCAAGAACUGGGUGGCGUUAGCACCAGCGAGGAUAAAAUGCAAGUUGUCUUUGAAGAACUGCAAGAUUUGAGAGGGGUAUGGUCUGAACUUUCCAAGAUAUGGAAUCAGAUAGAUGAAAUAAGAGAAAAACCAUGGUUGUCUGUACAACCAAGAAAAUUACGUCAACAACUAGACUCCAUGUCCACACAAUUGAAAGAAUUGCCAGCAAGAUUAAGGCAAUAUGCUUCGUAUGAAUAUGUGAAAAAGACGCUUCAGACUUACACCAAAGUGAACAUGAUGAUCACUGAGUUGAAAUCCGAUGCUUUGAAAGAAAGACACUGGAAACAGCUUAUGAAGCAACUUCGCGUUAACUGGGUGUUAUCUGAUUUAACUUUGGGGCAAGUUUGGGAUGUUAACUUGUUGAAAAACGAGAAUAUCGUUAAAGAUGUGAUUUUGAUUGCACAGGGAGAAAUGGCAUUGGAGGAAUUCUUGAAGCAAGUUCGAGAAUCUUGGCAAACCUAUGAAUUAGAUCUGAUAAAUUAUCAAAAUAAAUGCAAAUUAAUCAGAGGAUGGGACGAUUUAUUCAAUAAAGUGAAAGAGCACAUAAAUUCCGUUGCAGCCAUGAAACUUUCCCCAUAUUAUAAGGUAUUCGAAGAAGAAGCCCUAACUUGGGAAGAAAAAUUGAACAGAAUCAAUGCUUUAUUUGAUGUAUGGAUUGACGUGCAACGUCGCUGGGUAUACUUGGAAGGCAUAUUUUCCGGUAGCGCCGACAUCAAGACUCUCCUUCCAGUAGAGACCUCAAGGUUCCAGAGCAUUAGUUCAGAAUUCUUAGGAUUAAUGAAGAAAGUAGGUAAAUCUCCAAUGGUUAUGGACGUUCUCAAUAUACCAGGUGUUCAAAGAGCACUGGAACGUCUUGCAGAUUUACUAGGAAAAAUACAGAAAGCCCUUGGUGAAUAUCUCGAAAGAGAACGUACGUCCUUUCCAAGGUUUUAUUUUGUUGGAGAUGAGGAUCUACUGGAAAUCAUUGGUAACAGCAAAAAUAUCGCUAGGCUACAAAAGCACUUCAAAAAGAUGUUUGCUGGGGUCGCUUCUAUCAUAUUGAACGAAGAUAAUACUGUAAUUAAGGGCAUAGCUUCCAGAGAAGGAGAAGAAGUGUUAUUCUGCAAUCCUGUCUCAACAGUAGAUUACCCUAAAAUCAAUGAGUGGUUAACCCUUGUAGAAAAAGAAAUGAGGUUCACAUUAGCUUCAAGUUUAGCUAAUGCCGUUCAAGAUAUCAAACAGUUCAAAGAGGGAAUUGAUCCCAAUCUCUACAUGGAAUGGGUUGACAAAUACGAAGCUCAAAUUGUCGUUUUAGCAGCUCAGAUCCUUUGGAGUGAGGAUGUCGAGGGUGCUCUGGUUAAAAUGAAUGGUGAAAAACAAAAAGGACCUCUUGAAAAAGUUCUUCAACAAGUUGAGAGCACUCUGACAGUUUUGGCGGAUUCGGUUCUUCAGGAGCAACCCGCCCUUAGAAGGAAAAAAUUGGAGCAUUUAAUUAAUGAAUUCGUUCAUAAGAGAACUGUGAGCAGACGCCUUAUAGCCAAUGGCGUUUGCAGUAACAAGGCAUUCGAAUGGUUAUGCGAAAUGAGGUUCUACUUCGAUCCCAGACAGAGUGAAGUGUUGAAACAAUUAACUAUUCACAUGGCAAAUGCGAGAUUCUACUAUGGAUUUGAAUAUUUGGGGGUUCAAGAUAAAUUGGUUCAAACGCCUCUAACCGAUCGUUGUUAUCUCACAAUGACUCAGGCCUUAGAAGCAAGACUUGGUGGAUCACCAUUCGGUCCCGCUGGAACGGGUAAAACGGAGUCGGUGAAAGCACUAGGAAAUCAACUUGGACGAUUUGUUCUUGUAUUCAACUGUGACGAGACCUUUGAUUUCCAAGCUAUGGGAAGAAUUUUUGUGGGUCUCUGCCAAGUAGGAGCCUGGGGAUGUUUCGACGAAUUCAACAGAUUGGAGGAAAGAAUGUUAUCAGCGGUUUCUCAACAAAUACAAACUAUUCAAGAAGCUCUGAAAUCACAAAUGGAGAAGGAAAGAGCCAAGGGGGGUACUGCAUCAUUGUCAAGCAUAAAUGUGGAAUUGGUUGGAAAACAAGUCAAAGUAUCCCCAGAUAUGGCGAUCUUUAUAACAAUGAAUCCAGGGUAUGCUGGAAGAUCAAAUCUUCCAGACAACUUGAAAAAACUGUUCAGAUCUUUGGCCAUGACAACACCAGAUAGGCAACUUAUAGCUGAGGUUAUGUUAUUCUCGCAAGGUUUCAGAUCUGCUGAAAAACUUGCAUGCAAAAUCGUACCCUUCUUCAAAUUGUGCGACGAGCAGCUAUCUAACCAGUCCCAUUACGAUUUCGGCCUUCGAGCACUGAAAUCGGUGCUCAUUUCUGCUGGUAAUGUGAAGAGGGAUAGAAUCCAGCGUAUCAAGGAGGGAAUGGCGCAACGUGGCGAAACGAACAUAGACGAGGCCAGCAUUGCCGAAAAUCUUCCGGAACAAGAAAUCUUGAUCCAGUCGGUGUGCGAAACUAUGGUUCCCAAAUUGGUAGCUGAAGAUAUUCCGCUGCUAUUUAGUCUUCUGAAUGAUGUAUUCCCUAACGUUUUGUACACCAGAGCUGAAAUGAAGGGUCUCAAGGAUGAAAUUAAGAAAGUUUGUCAGGAAGAAUUCCUGGUAUGCGGGGAAGGUGACGAGCAAGGCUCUUUAUGGAUGGAAAAGGUUUUACAAUUAUAUCAAAUAUCCAACCUUAACCAUGGUUUGAUGAUGGUUGGUCCCAGUGGGUCAGGCAAGAGUAGCGCUUGGAGAGUACUACUUAAGGCACUGGAGAGGUUUGAGGGCACAGAAGGGGUGGCUCAUGUUAUAGAUCCAAAAGCUAUCAGCAAAGAAGCUCUUUAUGGUGUUUUAGAUCCAAACACAAGAGAAUGGACUGAUGGUCUGUUCACUCAUAUACUAAGGAAAAUAAUAGACAAUGUCAGAGGUGAGAUAAACAAGCGUCAAUGGAUUAUUUUCGAUGGAGAUGUAGAUCCCGAGUGGGUUGAAAAUCUCAAUUCAGUUCUUGAUGACAACAAACUGUUGACAUUGCCGAAUGGUGAACGUCUAUCUCUACCGCCCAAUGUCAGAAUAAUGUUCGAAGUGCAAGAUUUGAAAUAUGCCACCUUGGCGACUGUAUCACGUUGUGGUAUGGUUUGGUUCUCCGAAGAUGUAUUAUCUACCGAAAUGAUUUUCGAGAAUUAUAUACUAAGACUCAAAAAUAUUCCCCUGGAGGAAGGCGAAGAUGAUAGUUUUGGAAAAACUACAGAGAACAAGGAAGAUACGCUCUCACCCACCCUCCAGGUACAAAUAGAUGUUGCCAAUAUUCUACAACCCUACUUAGGGCCAGAUGGACUUGUAGUUAAAUGCCUUGAGUAUGCCAACACACAAGAACAUAUAAUGGACUUCACAAGACUAAGGGCAUUGAGUUCAUUAUUCUCCAUGUUAAAUCAAUGUGUCAGAAAUGUGCUGCAAUACAAUCAUCAGCAUGCAGAAUUUCCAAUGCCGAAUGAACAAAUUGAGAAAUAUAUCACAAAAUGUUUGAUAUACUCAAUAUUGUGGAGUUUUGCCGGAGAUGCUAAAUUGAAAGUUCGUUCGGAUCUUGGAGACUUCAUCAGAUCUGUUACUACAAUACCUCUGCCAGCUUCUACGAAUAAUAUAAUUGAUAAUGAAGUUAAUAUUGAUGGUGAAUGGGCACCAUGGUCAAAUAAAGUACCUCAGAUUGAAGUGGAGACUCAUAAAGUGGCAUCCCCUGAUGUUGUGGUGCCAACUCUGGAUACUGUGAGACAUGAAUCCUUACUGUAUACUUGGCUAGCAGAACAUAAGCCACUUGUACUUUGUGGUCCGCCUGGUUCUGGUAAAACAAUGACGCUAUUCUCCGCCUUGAGAGCCUUACCAGAUAUGGAAGUUGUUGGUCUCAACUUCUCCUCAGCAACCAGUCCAGAAUUAUUGUUGAAAACAUUCGAUCACUAUUGUGAAUAUCGUAAAACACCCAAUGGAGUUAUUUUAUCCCCUGUACAGCUUGGAAAAUGGUUGGUUCUUUUCUGUGAUGAAAUAAAUCUGCCAGAUAUGGAUCAGUACGGAACACAGAGAGUCAUAAUGUUCCUGCGACAAAUCGUUGAACAAAAGGGUUUCUAUAGAGCUUCAGACCAAACCUGGGUAUCCCUGGAACGUAUUCAAUUUGUCGGUGCUUGUAAUCCACCCACAGAUCCAGGGAGAAAGCCUUUGUCACACAGAUUCUUACGACAUGUUCCAGUUAUAUACGUAGACUACCCAGGAGAGACGUCACUCAAACAAAUUUAUGGCACUUUCACUAGGGCUAUGCUUAGAUUAACACCAGGUCUCAAGGGUUAUGCUGAACCAUUGACAAAUGCGAUGGUCGAAUUCUACUUGGCUUCCCAAGAUAGGUUCACACAAGAUAUGCAACCACAUUAUGUAUACUCCCCAAGAGAGAUGACAAGAUGGGUUAGAGGAAUAUGCGAGGCCAUAAGGCCACUGGACAAUUUAGCAGUUGAAGGUUUGGUGAGAUUAUGGGCUCAUGAAGCUCUACGUCUCUUCCAAGACCGAUUAGUUGAUGACACUGAAAGAAGGUGGACGAAUGAGAAUAUUGAUGCGGUAGCAUUGAAACACUUCCCUUCAGCUAACUGUGAAACAGCUUUAGAACGACCCAUUCUAUACAGCAACUGGUUAUCCAAAGAUUAUAUUCCUGUUGAUAGGGAAGAAUUGAGGGAAUAUGUGAAGGCCAGAUUGAAGGUGUUCUAUGAGGAACAAUUAGACGUUCCUUUGGUCCUGUUUGACGAAGUUUUAGACCACGUUUUGAGGAUUGAUAGGAUCUUUAGACAACCUCAAGGACAUUUACUUCUAAUUGGGGUGUCCGGUGCUGGAAAAACUACACUUUCACGAUUUGUGGCUUGGAUGAACGGUCUUUCUAUCUUCCAAAUCAAGGUACACAAUAAAUACACAGCAGAAGAUUUCGAUGAAGAUCUCAGGCAAGUAUUGAGAAGAAGUGGGUGCAAGGAUGAAAAAAUUGCAUUCAUUCUCGAUGAAUCCAAUAUGCUGGACUCCAGUUUCCUGGAGCGAAUGAACACUUUACUGGCCAAUGGAGAAGUUCCUGGUCUUUUCGAAGGAGACGAGUAUACAACCUUGAUGACACAAUGUAAAGAAGGAGCACAAAGAGAAGGUCUAAUGCUUGAUUCGAACGAUGAGUUAUACAAAUGGUUCACACAACAGGUCAUGAGGAACCUACAUGUAGUUUUCACAAUGAACCCAUCCACUGAUGGGUUGAAAGACAGAGCUGCGACAUCUCCCGCUCUUUUCAACAGAUGUGUCCUCAACUGGUUUGGGGAUUGGUCUGAUGGUGCCCUAUAUCAAGUUGGAAAAGAAUUCACAAAUAGACUCGAUUUGGACAGGCCCCAAUGGAAGGCUCCAGAUUUCUUCCCGGCUGCUUGUACCUUGAUAAGUGCUACCCCAUGCCACAGAGAAGCCGUUAUCAAUGCUUGUGUGUAUGUCCAUCAAACCUUACAUAAAGCUAACGCCCGUCUUGCAAAGAGGGGUAGUAGAACUAUGGCUAUCACUCCCAGACAUUAUUUGGACUUUAUUCACCAUUUUGUGAAAUUAUAUAAUGAAAAGCGUUCUGAUUUGGAAGAACAGCAACUUCAUUUGAAUGUUGGUCUCAGCAAGAUUGCUGAAACUGUUGAACAAGUAGAAGAGAUGCAGAAGAGUUUAGCAGUUAAAAAACAAGAACUCCAAGCCAAGAACGAUGCAGCUAACGCCAAGCUCAAGCAAAUGGUGAAAGAUCAGCAAGAAGCUGAGAAGAAAAAAGUUCAAAGUCAAGAAAUUCAACAGCAACUGGCUGUACAAACUGUUCAUAUUGAACAAAAACGUCAAGAAGUAAUGGCUGACUUAGCUCAAGUAGAACCAGCUGUCAUUGAUGCCCAAAACGCUGUAAAGGCAAUCAAAAAACAGCAGUUGGUCGAAAUCAGAACAAUGGCAAAUCCCCCAGCAGUGGUAAAAUUGGCUCUAGAAUCCAUUUGCUUGCUACUAGGAGAAAAUGCAAGUGACUGGAAAUCUAUAAGAGCCGUCAUCAUGCGUGACAAUUUCAUCAACACUGUUGUAAACAAUUUCAAUACAGAGGAUAUUAGCGAUGACGUCAGAGAAAAAAUGAAGAGCAAAUAUCUGAACAACCCAGAUUACAAUUUCGAGAAAGUCAACCAUGCAAGUAAUGCAUGCGGUCCUUUAGUUAAAUGGGCUAUGGCGCAAAUUCUCUAUGCUGAUAUGCUCAAGAAAGUUGAGCCACUCAGAUUAGAAUUGAGCUCCUUGGAGCGACAAGCGGAAACUAACAAAAACAGAGGUGAAGAAGUUAAAAAUUUGAUCAGUCAGUUGGAACAAAGUAUUGCUGCGUAUAAGGAAGAAUAUGCUCAGCUUAUCGCACAGGCUCAGGCUAUAAAGACCGAUUUGGGCAAUGUACAAGCCAAAGUGGACCGAUCUAUAGCUUUAUUAGCGUCUUUGGUGAUCGAGAGGCAAAGGUGGGAAGCCUCCAGCGAAACUUUCAAGUCCCAAAUGUCAACCAUCAUUGGGGAUGUACUGUUAUCGUCUGCCUUCAUCGCAUAUGGUGGUUACUUCGAUCAGCAUUAUCGUCAGAAUCUCUUCAGUACUUGGUGCCAACAUUUGGCUCUGGCCAAUAUACAGUUCAGACCAGAUAUAGCAAGGACAGAAUAUCUUUCGAAUCCAGAUGAAAGGCUUCGUUGGCAAGCCAAUGCCUUACCUACGGAUGAUUUAUGUACAGAAAAUGCCAUUAUGUUGAAGAGAUAUAACAGAUAUCCUCUCAUCAUAGAUCCAUCUGGCCAGGCAACGGAAUACAUAAUGAACGAAUUCAAAGAUAAGAAAAUUACAAAGACCAGUUUCUUGGAUGAUUCCUUCCGAAAGAACUUGGAAUCGGCACUGCGUUUCGGUAAUCCGCUAUUGGUGCAAGAUGUAGAAAAUUAUGAUCCAAUACUGAAUCCUGUAUUGAACAGAGAACUGAGAAGAACUGGUGGUCGAGUUUUGAUCACUUUGGGCGACCAGGAUAUCGACUUGUCGCCAUCCUUUGUUAUUUUCCUUUCAACCAGAGAUCCAACUGUUGAAUUCCCUCCGGAUAUAUGUUCGAGAGUGACCUUCGUGAAUUUCACGGUAACAAGGAGCUCUCUACAGAGCCAAUGUUUGAACCAAGUACUCAAGGCGGAACGUCCAGAUAUAGAUGCCAAGAGAUCAGAUCUCCUCAAAUUACAAGGAGAAUUCCAUCUUCGACUGAGACAACUCGAAAAAUCUCUACUGCAAGCAUUGAACGAUGCUAAAGGAAAGAUUUUGGACGACGACAGCGUCAUAACAACUCUGGAAACUCUGAAACAAGAAGCGGCUGAGAUUGGACAGAAGGUCGAGGAAACCGAUAAAGUCAUAUCUGAAAUUGAAACUGUGUCCCAGCAAUAUCUACCUUUAUCUCAGGCGUGCAGUAACACUUACUUCACUAUGGAUAGUCUUAACCAGGUUCAUUUCCUGUAUCAGUACUCUCUACAUAUGUUCUUGGAUAUGUUCAGCAGUGUGCUACUGAGCAAUCCUCAUCUGGAAGGCAUAUCUGAGUAUCAAGCAAGGUUGAAUAUUAUCACCAAGGAUUUAUUCACGGUUUGCUAUGAAAGAGUUGCAAGAGGAAUGUUGCAUAAUGACAGACUAACAUUCGCCAUUUUGUUAUGUCGUAUACAUCUAAAAGGAACAUCUGAACCUAGUCUAGAUCAAGAAUUCGAUUUCUUCUUACGUGGAAAGGAGGGAGUUUUCAACACUUCUUCUGGGCCAACAUUAGAUGGCUUAAACAGUGAACAGCAAGAGGCAAUGACAAGACUUGCUUCAAGGUUGCCAGCAUUCAAGAAAUUGCCCGAAAAGAUCGAAGAAAUGCCCGAAUUCAGCGCAUGGCUGCAACAGAGCACACCAGAGCAGUGUGUCCCCGGUCUAUGGAUAGAAGAAAGACAGAUGAGUCCAGUUAGUUUGGCCAUGUAUCAACUUUUGGCAAUUCAAACCUUCAGACCUGAUAGAGUUAUCGCGGCAGGACAACUCUUCGUGAGCGCAGUUUUAGGAGAAGACUUCAUGCCAAACGCAGAAAAGGAACUCGAUCUCAGUACUUGUAUCGAUAAAGAAGUCAGAGCUGGUGUACCAGUACUCCUGUGCUCUGUGCCCGGUUUCGAUGCCUCUGGUCGCGUGGACGAUCUGGCAGCAGAGUUGAACAAACAAAUCUCAAGUAUCGCAAUUGGUUCAGCAGAAGGAUUCAACCAGGCAGAUCGGGCUAUAAAUAUGGCUUGCAAAACUGGAAGGUGGGUUAUGUUGAAGAACGUACACUUGGCCCCACAAUGGUUGGUGCAGCUAGAAAAGAAACUGCAUUCCCAACAACCUCACACUAACUUCCGGUUAUUCCUUACUAUGGAAAUAAAUCCAAAAUUACCAGUCAACUUACUGAGAGCUGGUAGAAUAUUAGUCUGUGAACCGCCACCUGGUAUAAGAGCUAAUCUUCUGAGGACAUUCAGCUUUGUUCCUGCUAGCAGAAUGAUGAAAGCACCAAAUGAAAGAGCUAGGCUUUAUUUCUUAUUGGCUUGGUUCCAUGCAAUUGUUCAAGAACGUCUAAGAUAUUGCCCCCUAGGUUGGGCUAAACACUAUGAAUUCAACGAAUCUGACUUGAGAGUUGCCUGUGAUACUUUAGACACUUGGAUUGAAGCGACAGCAAUGGGUCGUACCAAUUUACCACCUGAGAAGGUUCCUUGGGACGCAUUAGUGACCUUACUGUCCCAAUCAAUUUAUGGAGGAAAGAUCGAUAAUGAUUUUGAUCAAAGACUUCUUCAAUCAUUCUUGAAGAAACUCUUCACCCCCAAGAGUUUCGAAUCAGACUUUGCUCUUGUAGCCAACAUCGAUAAUGGACCUGGUGGAAACCGCCACAUAACUAUGCCUGAUGGUACCAGAAGAGAUCAUUUCCUUAAAUGGAUUGAAAGUUUGUCAGACCGUCAAACGCCAGCUUGGUUGGGUCUACCGAAUAACGCCGAAAAAGUUUUAUUAACGACUAGGGGAACAGAUCUGAUAAGUAAACUUCUCAAGAUGCAGCAGUUGGAAGACGACGACGAAUUAGCGUACUCGGUUGACGAUAGCUCCAGCACUGAUGUCGCGCAGAUCGAUGGUAGACCGUCUUGGAUGAAGACCUUACAUAAUUCUGGAAACACUUGGCUACAACUCAUGCCCAAAACAUUGCAAACUCUGAGACGAACUGUUGAGAACAUCAAAGAUCCCUUGUAUAGGUUCUUCGAGAGGGAAGUUAACUCAGCGUCAAAAUUAUUAGAGGAUGUCAUACAUGAUUUGAAUGAUGUUGUCUUGAUCUGUCAGGGUGAGAAAAAACAAACAAAUUAUCAUAGAAAAAUGUUGAGCGAAUUGGUUCGUGGUAUCAUUCCAACAAAUUGGUGUCGUUACACUGUACCAAAAGGUUGUACUGUUAUCCAGUGGAUUACUGAUUUCAGUCAAAGGGUGAAACAACUGCAGCAGGUAUCUGAAUUAGUUUCAUCAUGUGGAGCCAAAGAAUUACAGAGCUUCCCUGUUUGGCUUGGAGGAUUGCUGAAUCCCGAGGCAUACAUAACAGCUACGAGACAGUGUGUAGCUCAAGCAAAUAGUUGGUCUCUAGAAGAGUUGCAUUUGGAUGUAACGAUUACUGAUUCCCACGAUAAAUCUACUAUUCCACAUGACUGCUUUGCAGUUACAGGUAUUAAACUCCAAGGGGCUCAGUGCCGCAACAAUCAAUUACUGCUUACUUCAAGUAUAAUGAUUGAGCUCCCAAUAACACUACUCCGUUGGACAAAAAGUAACGAGGAUAGGCAAGGCAGCCGUUUAUCCUUACCAAUUUAUCUUAAUUCUACACGUACUGAAUUGCUUUAUACCGUUGAUCUUAAUAUUGCACCAGGGCAAGAGCCUCAUAGUUUCUACGAGAGAGGUGUUGCUUUACUUACUUCUACUGCACUAAACUAAUAGUCCCAAAAAGUUACGCUUUAAGUAUUAAUAAUAAUUAUUGUUAUUACCUUUAUUUAUUCAAUUAUAUCCGUAAAAAUUAUUUAACAUUGAAAUAAUAUUUCAAGGAAUUAAUUGCACUCCAUGUUAAGGUAUUGAUACCGAGUGAUAUUAAAUUUCCAGAUUAGGACUUUCCUACUAUUAUUUUAUUAUUAUAUUUAUCCAAUAAAAGGAAUUAUUUCUCA